AUGGCCGCCAACGCUAAGGUGGAGGCGCCUGCCGCCCCCGCUGCUCCCCAGCUCUCCGGCCUCCAGCUGUACUCCAGAUUCGCCUUCGCUGGUGCUGUCUGCUGCUCCGUCACCCACGGUGCUCUCACUCCCGUCGAUGUGUAAGUCGGAUCAUCAUGCCGCCUGUGUCGCUACUCGAACGCGCCCUGUUCCGCCCUCGUGCGCGCUCGAUUGCCGCUACCCAUCGACUCUCUCAAGCCCGUGCUGACGUGCCUUUCGUCUCCAGCGUCAAGACCAGAAUCCAGCUUGACCCCGUCACCUACAACCGUGGUAUGAUCGGUGGCUUCAAGCAGGUCAUUGCCAACGAGGGUGCUGGCGCUCUCCUCACUGGUCUCGGCCCCACUGCCGCCGGUUACUUCCUCCAGGGUGCCUUCAAGUUCGGUGGUUACGAGUUCUUCAAGCAGCAGUGGAUCAACCAGCUUGGUCUCGAGACUGCCUCCAACAACCGCACCGCCAUCUACCUUGCCUCUUCCGCCGCCGCCGAGUUCUUCGCUGAUAUCGCUCUCUGCCCCCUUGAGGCUACCCGUAUCCGUCUCGUCUCCCAGCCUACCUUCGCUACCGGUCUCGUCAGCGGUUUCGGCAAGAUCCUCAAGACUGAGGGUGUCGGUGCUUUCUACUCUGGUUUCGGUCCCAUUCUCUUCAAGCAGGUCCCCUACACUAUGUCCAAGUUCGUCGUCUUCGAGAAGGCUGCUGAGGCUAUCUACGGCUUCGUCGACAAGGAGACUGCCAGCGACGGUACCAAGACUGCUAUCAACCUCGGCUCUGGUCUCAUUGCUGGUUUCGCUGCUGCCCUUGUUUCCCAGCCUGCGGACACCAUGCUGUCCAAGAUCAACAAGACGCCAGGUGAGCCCGGCGAGGGCACUAUCUCCCGUUUGGUCAAGAUCGGCAAGGAACUCGGCCUCAAGGGCUCCUACGCCGGUAUCGGCGCCCGUCUCUUCAUGGUCGGUACCCUGACGGCGGGCCAGUUCGCCAUCUACGGUGACAUCAAGCGUUUGUUGGGAGCCACAGGCGGCGUGGAAAUCUCCAAAUAAGCGCCGAGAGUGACUUCAUUUGGUGU